GAACCCAAAAUUCCGUUACCAGUUGAAGGAAAAAGAGAGAAAAGGAGAGUCCACCGACUAUUCCGGGAGGUAUACAUAUAGCCUUCAAGCAUAUCAACAAAAUCUCCCUCCCUCCCCCUCCUGAUUUCACUCGCCGUGUCUUCUUUACAUUGCCCCGCCACAAACUCAUUCCCACCGCCCCCCACAAUGGAAGAAACCCCCUCUCUCUCCUCUUUCUCUCUCUUUCUCUAGCGCUCGGAUUUUCCAGUUUUUCAGGGAAAUCCGAGCAAGAGAAAGAGAUCCUCGUACCCCUUCCGGUUGUCAGGAUUUGAGGGGGUUGUCUCGAACUCGAGGCAAAGAAAGGAAGAAAAAGGGGUUCACUUUGUCAAUUGAAACCGACCGAUGACACGUCAGAUAGUCCUCCGUCACCCGUCGUCGAUGACUAGGCGGCGGCCGCUGCUUUUGGCCUCCACCAAGUCGUCGUCGUCCUCGUCCUUAUCAAAAACGUUUUCGUCGUCAUCCACCGCCAAUGGGAGGAGGAGCGUGGGGUUCGGAGAGGUGGCGGGCGGGACGGCGGCGGAGUGCGCGGCGGUGUGCUGCUGCUGCCCGUGCGCCCUCGUCGACUUCCUCGUGCUGACCGUUUACAAGCUUCCGGCCGGGCUGUGCCGGAAGGCCCUGAAGCAGAAGCGCCGCAGCCGGCUGAUGAAGAAGGGGCUGUUGCCGCAGCCGAGCAGCCGCCACUGCGGGUGCGGCUGCGACGACACGGAGCUCCAGAUCCACCCUGUCGCAGCCAUCAGCGAGUCGAUGAUGGCGGCCGACAAGGUCUUGGAGUCGGUGCAACCGGAUGAAGAUGUGAUGCAGCUGGAGAAGGAAAUGUGGGAGAGGUUUUACGGCGCAGGGUUCUGGAGGAGUCCCUCUCAAAAGAGUAACCUUUAAAGCUGCAUGUGUUUGGGUUGUGGUUUGUGGAGGAGCAAUGAUACGGACACGUCUGCGCACAGAUCUAACAUAGAUGUGUUUCGAAUUAUUUGAUGCACGUGGGUCAUAUACAGUAAUCUUCGGAAGGUUUCGGAUAUAUUUAUGUUUGAAUUUGCGCACAGAUCUCUGUCUCCGUAGCAUUUUUGUAUGUAAAGUAAUGAUGCUGAAAGGAAAUAAUUAAAAACAACCAAGUUAAGAUUUUUUCUUUCUUUCA